CACCAUGGCCCCGGGCAUCGUGUAUGAAAACGUUGCCGAGGGCGCCGACCUCGAAACUGGCGCGCUGUUUGAGGGCAGGAAAUUCUAUGUAGUGCAGCGUGUGCCCAACCGCGCGGCGCUGCUAGACGCGAUCAAAGCGAAUGGCGGGUUCAUUGUGCAGCUGGAGAAGCAGGCCGACUGGAUGAUCGCAGACCACUUCCGCAGAGACUGUCCGCCCGGGUCGAUCAGCUAUGACUUUGUCCAGAAAUCCAUCGCGAAGGGCGAGGUCCUCGACCCGGACAAUUUUCCCGCAGGACCACAAUUAGGCACAGCGCGCGACCCGGGCUCGUUGGUGAGGCCCGCGAAGAGCACCAGGGCGCAUUUCACCGCGGAUGAGGACCGCAUACUGUACAAGUGGGCCAAGGAUGCGCAGGUGUCCGGUGUCCGUGUCGGAGGGAACGAGAUAUACAAGCAGUUCGAGACGCAGCAUCCGCAACACCCAUGGCAAUCAUGGCGCGACCGCUACCUCAAGAAACUCCAACAUAUGCCUGCCUCCGCAUUCACGACCCCGGAGAAUGCGCCGCCAUCUCCGCCUGCAGACCACUCUCGAGUCGUGGAGCCGCCUGUAGGGAGGGGGGCAGGUCUUGUGAAGAACAAAGACAAAGCCAGAGCAGCCGCGAGUGAAAAACAGACAGCCAGCGUGGGUGCGUCCACCAGCAAGCGUCCGACCACCAAGGUUGAGAAGAUUGCCGGCAGGGAACAAUUCACAGUCGACCAGCUAAAGGCAACAUUCACAAAAGAGGAUUGGGAAGAUCUGUAUGCCUUUGUUGAAGACAUCGACAGCCACUCAAAGGAGGAUGAAUCCUAUGACGCAGCAUGGGCAGACUUUGCCGCGAGCAAGGACAACCAGACACCAGAGCAGUGGCGCCAAUACUAUGAGAAAGUGGUCCGGCCACAGUGGCUGUCGGAUCCGGUAUCUAAGAGGCAGCAAAUCAGAGAAAAGGUCGAGGCGAGACAUCAAGACACUAGCUCCAGUCCUGUCAAAAGUCAGAGCUGGAGCCAGGUGCAGGACGACGAUGUCAAGUCUCAGACAAUAGCGUCACCGGCGCCAUCACCUAAGCGCACAGUAUCAAAUAUAUUACCAUCAGAUUCAAGACUGGCAUCCGAGUCGACAGCGCAACAGGAGACGCCGAAGUACAUUCGAGAUGGGUACGAGAGGGCGCUGAAGCGGAUCAGGGGCGAGGCAGAUAACGUCCCAGAAGCCGACGUGUCGUCGCGACCGGUCAAGACUCGCAGGAAGAUGAGUUUCUCGCCGACUCUCAUUGAUCCCGAAGAGCCAAUGGGUCUCGUUGGCACUCACGAGCAGCCGUUGGAGGUCUCCUCUGUGGGCUCUCAAUCGGAAUUCUCGGAGCAAGACGAGUCAGAUGAGCAGUCGCAGUCACAGAGCCGGGCACAGGCUGACGGGGAAGAGACAGAGGACGAGGAAGAGGAAGAAGUCGCAAGUGACACAUCCUAUGACGACUACGUCAAGUCGAUUGGCCCGCUUCCUCCGCCUGCCUACGCCACCGACGACGACAACGACGACGACGAUGAAAGUACAACCUCAUCCACCGACUUUGUCCGCAUCGCGCCCAUUCCACGACCACCCCGAAUCCCUGAAGACGAUGACGAUGAAGAAGACAACGACAACGAAGAAGACGAAGACGAAUCCCUCCCCUCCAACGACCCCACCCCCCGCGCCCCCAGACACACCGCCUUCGACACCCAAGCCAUCCUAACCACCUCCUCGCACCACCUGACCGCCCUCCCUCUCCCCCCCACCUCCUCCUCGCCCCCGCACCACCCCGACUCCGACGUCUCCACCACCCAGUCCCUGCAAGAAUUCAGCAGCUACCUGCGCGCCGCCGACGACCUGUCCACGCCCCUCCACCCCCGGCCCUCCUCCCCAACACCCUCCACAGCCUCCCACUCCUCGUCCUCAACAGCGGCGUCCACGCCCUCCAACGCGCCCGACCCCGAUCCCCCGCUCACCGCCCGCGCACUGGAUGCCUUCUACUCGACGCAGUCACGCGCAGGGUUCACCCCGGCGUUCACGACCGCCGCGCUGAAGCGCACGCGCUGCCGUCCGCGCCUCGCGCAGGCUGUGCUGGCGGCGUGGCGCGAGGGCGCGGCGCUGCCUGUUCGGAGGGGCGUGUGGAGUGCCGAGGAGGACGAGGUGGUGGUCAGGGGCGAUGGGGCGGCGCUGGUGGCGCUGCGGGAGAGGCAUACGAUGGAUGGGUGGGGGGGGAUUACGGAGCGGGUGAGGUUUCUGGAGGCGUGGGGUGGGCAGUGAGUAGUGAGAGA